CGGCGCUUCGCCGCACUGCCUGUCCCGUUUUGUGUAUGCUCGCUGGGCAGUCGUUUUGCACUCACUAUGCGGCUUCUCAACGUGUACGCUUUCGCAUUCUGUGAUUCCUUCGGACAGACCCCCCGCCUUACGCGAUCGCCUCGCCUCGACGGAUCGCUAGGACCGAAGCGAUGUGGGAAGACGUACAGGAGAGGAAAGAGCUGGACACGGCAGGGUAUCGCAAGGUAAAAGGGUUUUUAGCGUACGUGAGAGCGUAUCUGCCGCUAGUAAAAAGGUUAUAGAUCGAUACAUGCUGCAUCAAGCAAAACAACGAGCGCGAGGCAUUAACGGCGAUCAAUUCCAUGUUCCGAUAAUAUCAAGAAGCGGAGGUGUGUCUGGCAUACCUGGAGGAUGUCCCGACAGUGCGCGACAUGGACGCUUUUGAGCGGAGCGGCGGGGCUGGACGUUGCAAGAGCUGCUUGCACCCGGCUUAGUGGUGUUCAUGUCGCGGCACUGGCAGAUGCUUGGCCAUAAAGGACACAGCAGUCACGGACGGAGCGGCAUGUCGAUGCAGACCGGCCCGCUGCUGGAAGAUCAGAUAGCAAAAAUCACCAGUGUCGCGAUCAUUCCGCGAGCCGUGCUGCAUCGCUACGAUGGAAGCGAGCAGAUCAGCGCCGAAGAGAAGCUGACGUGGGCCGACGAUCGAGCGACGCUACACGGAUAGGACCUGUCGCACUGUCUCUUCGGCAUUCUCGGAGUUAGCAUGAACAUCCGCUAUGGCGAGGGCAAGGAACGCAGGCGGGAACGUCUGUUACAUAAAGUU